UCCUCACCUGUAUGCUGCAUAUAAAGUAGACCCCAACCCCAUGGCAAUUUCGUUUCAGAAAGCUCCAUCGCUGUUUCCUCUAGAGCCCCAAAAACUCUCCGUUGUCAGGGAAAAGGGUGGUGCUAGAGAGAUGGAUGGCCGCAAUCUGCUGGGUGCUGCAGGGGCUGAUCGAGCGAAGCGGAACAAGGCCAUGAUCGUCAAGAUCGCGGUGCCCGUGCUGGCCAUGCUGCUGCUGCUGCUCACGGCGUCGGCUGCCUCCAUGACGCCGGAUGACCGCGCCUGCCUCCGCGCCUUCUUCGGCAGCAACUACUUCCUGACGAUCUGCGUGCUCUCCCAGAUCAACGUGGGCCGUCUUAUGGCGAGGGAGGCCGUUCUGGCGCCGACGCUGGCGGCCCGGCGCGUCUUGGCGGUGGGCGCCGUCGCGUGCUUCGUGGAGCUCGCGCUCAAGCUGUACAUGAUCCUGGUGCUGUACCCUGCGGCUGUGGAGGAUGGUGCUUAGGUGCGCUGCGCAUGUGUGGAUGCGCCUACCGAUGGAUCGAAGAUGGAUUUGCGCCGUUUUGUUUAGUUCCUAUACUUCCUACUCUGCUACUUAAGUUAGAAAUUUGGAAGGGCCUGUCAUACUUGGGUACAAGUCUUAUCUUACCAUUUUGUUGUUGUCUUGUUCAGUUGGGGUUUAGAAUGUCUGUCUGUUUGUUUGUAGCAGCAGCUUUGGAGUUUAGACUGUCUGUAUGAACGUGGACGGGAUUUGAAUUUGCUUAACUGAAGCCUUGAAAGUGUACUUAUGUGACUGGGAGACUCUAUUUCGUGAGCAGGA